AUGGCGACGGCUUACGCUACCAGGACUCGUUGUCGAGACUCACCUACGUCUCCGACGCCGGCUUCGUCGACGCCGGCGAGGGGCUUCAACGCCGCCGUGCGGCCACCGUACGUCGAUAGGGGUCUGGCCGACCGGUACCUCAACGUCCGCUACUUCCCCACCGUCAUGGGCGGCGGCGCGACGCGCAGCUGCUAUACGCUCCGGCAGGUGGCGCAGGGAAGCAGGAACCUCGUCCGGGCCACCUUCUACUACGGCAACUACGACGGGCAGAGCGCGCCCCCGGCCUUCGACCUCCACCUCGGCGUCAAUCGAUGGGCCACCGUCAACGUCACCACCGCCGAAGGCGUCUACAUCUUCGAGGCGGUGGCCGUGUCGCCGGUCGACUUCAUGCAGGUGUGCUUGGUCAAUAUAGGGUUGGGUACACCGUUCAUCUCUGGGCUGGAGCUCAGGCCGCUCAGUGCGACCAUGUACCAGGAGGCUACGGUCAAUCAGUCACUGUUUUUGCUCAGCCUGUCCCGCCCAUCAGCCAGAUUCAAUUUCAAUCGAUACCAGUUCAAUCCAGAUUAUUCUGUCCCGCCAUUCAGGUACCCUGAUGAUUCGUAUGACCGCCUGUGGCAAAGGUAUGGCCGCAACGCCGCAUGGACCAACAUAAACACCACCAGGGAAGUCGACGUCUCUAAUGUCGCCAACAGCUUCGACAAGCCAUCGGAGAUACUGCAGAACGCAGCCACUCCGGUGAACGGAACUACCCAGAUGGACUUCUCAUGGAGCUCAGAUCCCUCCUUGGACAACGGCAAUGGCAAUUCGACUUACCUCUUGUUUCUCUACUUCGCGGAGCUUCAGAGGGUGCCAAGCAAUGGGCUGAGACAGUUUGACAUCCUCGUCGACAACGCUACAGGGAAUGAUGGCAGCAGCCAGGGCUUCACCCCCAAGUACCUCUCCGCGGAGGUUGUGAAGAGGACGGCACAGGGGCCUGGCCAGCAUAGCGUCUCUCUUGUCGCCACACCGGCGGCCACGCUUCCACCCAUCCUGAAUGCAUUCGAGAUAUAUUCAGUCAAGCCAAUGACAGAGAUGGCGACGAAUAGUGCAGACGCUAAAGCUAUGAUGACAAUUCGAGAAAGAUAUGCACUGAAGAAAAAUUGGAAGGGUGAUCCUUGUGCACCAAAAGCAUUUGCAUGGGAUGGCUUGAACUGCAGUUAUCCAUCAUCUGGUCCUGCACAGAUAAUAGCUCUGAAUUUAUCAUCGAGUGGGUUGACUGGUACAGUUAAUUCUUCUUUUGGAGAUCUAAAAUCCCUCCAACAACUAGAUCUGUCAAAUAAUAGCCUAUCAGGUCCAGUGCCAGAUUUUCUAGCGCAAAUGUCGUCACUGUCAUUCCUUGAUUUGUCAAGCAACAUACUCAGUGGAUCAGUACCUGCAGCUCUGCUACAAAAGAUACAAAAUGGAUCUCUGGUAUUGAGGAUUGAUUGUGACAAUGGUCCAUCUACAUGUGAGCCGAAGAAGAAGAAAAGAAACAAAACACUUAUCAUUGCAACAGUUGUUCCAAUAGCAGUAGCAACUCUACUGUUUGUUGCAGGAUUACUUAUCCUCCAUAGAAUGAGAAACAGACAAGAUACAUGGAUGGCAAACAACUCAAGGUUUAUUAGCCCUCAAGCCAGUUCACACAUAUUUGAGAACAGAAAGUUCACCUACAAGGAGCUGAAGCUCAUGACAGCUAACUUCAAAGAAGAAAUAGGGCGAGGAGGGUUUGGUUCUGUCUUCCUAGGAUAUUUGGAGAAUGGAAGUCCAGUUGCCGUCAAGAUGCGUUCAAAAACAUCCUCUCAAGGGGCUAAAGAGUUUUUAGCUGAGGCUCAGCAUUUGUCUAGAGUUCAUCACAAAAAUCUGGUUUCCUUGAUUGGAUAUUGCAAGGACAAGAAACAUAUGGCCCUUGUCUAUGAAUACAUGCAGGGGGGAAACCUAGAGGACUGUCUAAGAGGAGAGGCCUCUGCUGCUACACCCCUCACUUGGCAUCAACGUCUCAAGAUUGCUCUCAACUCCGCCCAAGGACUGGAGUAUCUGCAUAAAUCAUGCCAGCCACCACUGAUCCAUAGGGAUGUGAAGACAAAGAACAUUCUUCUAUCUGCUGAUCUUGAGGCGAAGAUAGCUGACUUUGGGCUCAUGAAAGCAUUCUCUGAUGAGUUCAGGACCCAUGUCACCACACAACCAGCAGGCACCCUAGGAUAUCUUGACCCUGAAUACUACAACACGUCCCAGCUCAGUGAGAAGAGUGAUGUAUACAGCUUCGGUGUUGUGCUAUUGGAGCUUAUCACAGGCCAGCCACCAGCAGUUCCUGUAAGUGACACUGAGAGCAUCCAUGUUGCACUAUGGGUGCGCCAGAAGCUCUCUGAGGGUGAUAUUGCAAGCAUUGCUGACCCAAGGAUGGGAGGGAUGUAUGAUGUCAACUCUCUCUGGAAAGUUGCAGAGUUGGCACUGAAGUGCAAAGAACAACCAUCAAGGGAGCGACCGGCAAUGACCGACAUUGUGGCAGAGCUCAAGGAGAGCUUGGAGCUGGAGGUGUCCUAUGCAAUGGGCUACUACAGUUCAGUCUCGACCAGCACAAUGAAUCUCAGCACAACAAGUGUUGAUUUGCAUAGCAAUGAAAAACCAAGUGAUCAUCCGGGGCAAAAAGAUGACCUAGAGUUGCAACAGGUAGACAUUGUUGAAUCAGCAACUCGUAUAGGUCCUGCACCAAGAUGA